AUGCCCAAUAAUCCUGCAACUCAAACGCCCAGCGGUCACCAGGAUAAUAUAACGCGGCGUAAAAAGACAACUACCACCGAUAACCCAGACUAUUCACAGAUUGAUGCUCCUGUUACAUCGAGAAUAGUAACGAAUAUUGUGCAACGCGAAAUCAAAGAGCUUAUCAAACAUUGCAAUGAAACUCUGGCUAACUACGAUAAUAAAGAACUCAAAACUAUCAAGGACGAAAUAGUUCAAGUAAAGGAAUCAAUGACAUUUAUUAACAACCAAUAUGAGGAGAUGAGAGCUGGAUUAGCUGAGAGACAUAGCCAGAUACAUGACAUUAAGAAGGAAAAUUAA